AUGGUAAUAAUACAAGCAUCAUUGAACAUGGUUGUGAAAAUAGAUGCGAUGAUGAAAGGAUUGCUAGAAACAUUGAUGGAAACUGGGUUUGACAGCGAUAGUGUAAAUCAUAAAAAUAGUAUAAUAAGUGUAUACAAAAUAGAUAGUUAUGAAGAGUCAUCAGUUAGGCAAAAUAAGGGUAAUAAUGCUACCCAAAUAAAGUGCAAAGAAAUUGGCUAUCUAUCUGCGUUGAAUAACAAGAUAUCCCUAAUGAUCAAACCUACCAAGAAAAUGCCUUAUAAUGAUAUUGAUGAAAAAGAUAGAGACAUGAAUUCUAAAAUGACAAUUUUUGAUAUUGAGUAUGAUAGAACGUAUAGUGUUG